AUGUACGAAGGGAUUGACAACCUGAAAUCCCUUUACGACCGUGCCGGGAAGACUUUCUCCGGCGGUCCUUCUGCGGCACAGGAUGUGCCGCGUCGUACUGCUCAACCAGACCCAGUACGUCGAUCAUCAGUUGGGAGCGGGGCUCCCAAGAAUUCCAGGACGGGGGAUAGCCGCGCCACCGGACGAGAUAACUCGUCCGACGUCCGUUCACGUCGCGGUGGUUCAACAGCUGCUCAACUAGAUAGCGCUGGCCACCGCGAGAGUCCUCUAAAGGAGGUGGAGGAGGAGGAAAGACGCUCUCCACACGAUCAUGUGGAUCGGUGUGUUCCUGAGAGCUUCUUUGAUCGCGUAACGCAAGGGUUACGCGACGAUCUCGAGCAUGAGCGGAAUAGGCGUCUCCAAAUGGCGGACACUGCCUUGAAGCAUCGAGCUGAGUUUGCCUUUGCUCAGCUUGAGAACGAGAGAUAUCUGACAUCUCUUCGUGACGAGCUAAGGGUAGCUCGUGGGAUUGUUGAUCGGUCUCGGGCUGAGAUAACUGCUCUUCAGACCCUUGUUGAUGCCCACCAUCGGGAGCACAAGGCUCUCUGCGAGAUGCUUGAGCGCAAGGGCGUUCUUCAUCGGAAGAAGCAGCGUACUGAUGGUACGGCUUAA